CGGGGCAGGAAGGGGCGGGCCGGGCCGCGAAUGCGGGCGGGCAUGGGCUGCCCACGGCGCCUGCUGCUGGUCUCCAACUCCACCCUGCACGGAGGGGGGUACCUGGGCCACUGCCAGCAGCACAUCCAGAGCUUCUUCGGGGAGAAGGUGAAGCGGGUGCUCUUCGUGCCCUACGCGCUGCACGACCGGGACGCCUACGCCCGCACCGCCAGGGAGAAGUUCGCGAGUUUGGGUUAUGAGCUGGACAGCAUUCAUGAAUCUUGUGAUCCAGUGGAAGCUGUAAGAAAAUCUGAAGCAAUAUUCAUUGGAGGUGGCAAUACAUUCCGUCUCUUGAAAGCUCUCUAUGACAACAGACUGAUACAAGAGAUCAGGAAACGAGUUCUUGAGGAUGGGAUUCCUUACAUGGGAUCCAGUGCAGGAACUAACGUUGCUACUGUCAGCAUCAACACUACCAAUGACAUGCCAAUUGUUUAUCCACCUUCCCUGCAAGCCCUAGGUUUAGUUCCUUUUAACAUUAACCCUCACUACCUGGAUCCAGAUGUUAAAAGCACUCACAUGGGCGAAACAAGAGAGGAAAGAAUUCGCCAAUAUCAUGAAGAACCAAACACCCCUCCAGUUCUGGGCUUGCGGGAAGGUGCAAUGCUGCUUGUGGAAGGAGACAAAGCCACCUUGCAAGGAGUGACAGGAGCAAGGCUUUUUUUGAGAGGUAAGAAACCAACUGAACAUGAGCCUGGAACAGAUUUCAGUUUCUUGCUGAUUGACAGCAAUUUCCAGUAGCCUUGCAUAUUCUACAGCAAAAGUCAGCACGUGAAGAAUGGAAGAAAUGCUUGCAGUACAAGAGUGGGUAGACAGCCUUAACUUUAUAAAUAAAACUAAAUAUGCAUUACUAGGCUCUUCUUUGCCACCCUGCUCACUUCUUAGACAAUCUCUCCUUCCCAGCAAAGACAUGCUUUAUUGAAAUGCUUGAAUAAGAAUAGUACUCUUACUCUGAAAAGUUCUGUAUGUUCACAUCUCCACUUUGAUUCCUCUCUCAAAGAAAGUUACCUUAACACAAUUAAGAGUCAGCUCUUUCUUCUGCCUUGUUUUACCUGUGUAAUAAAGCAAUUGUUCAUUUAGUGUCCUCUUACAGCAUUAGCUUCAUUUUUGCAGAAUUAAUAAAGUGAGAACUUUUGCAUUCAGUUAUUUUUAUUGGCAUCAUACUCAUUUUAAAUAUAUACAGUGCUAAUUAUGUACAAAAUUGUGCAUGUUAAAAAUUGUUAGGUUACAAACUCACAAAUCCUAGAAAAGUGCAAAAUUUUAAAACAUCUUCCACCAUGCUGUACAGAAAAAAAAUUCCAUCAUUAGCUAAUAUACACACUCUCAAAACAUAUUGAUCAAACCGAAAUAAGACAUACAGUAUACACUUAAAGCACCCAGAAGGGAAAGAGAUAUUGCACAGAAGACUAACAGCAAGUUUGUUACAGUGCCUGAAGGCUCAUUUUCAAAAGUACAUACUUAAUACUCCUCAGACCUAACAGUUAACUUUUUUUUUUUUUUU